ACUCCUCGCGCCAUUAUUUUGUUGAACUUUGGCUUCGUGUUUGGCUACUUAUCUGACGCCAUAUACGACGGGUACAUUUGAACGAUAAAACCCACUGCUGCGCUGCUGUGAUAAGAGCCGUGAAACUGAACACAGUAACAUACGGGAACUUGCAGUAGCCUAUCAUUCAAACAGAUUGGGGGUUUUAAUUAAAAAUGUUGCUGUUGACACUGACAGGCAAAACCUGCAUAGCGCAGAGCGAUAACAAGAUGAAGGAAAUGCCAUCCGUGAUAGACAGCGAGGUGUUCCUGGCCUUCUCUACCUACGCCAUGCCACCAGAACGACCUGGAGAACAUCAUUCCSUUCGUAGUGAUUGGUCUGCUGUAUACCCUGACGGGGCCAGACCUCUCCACUGCUCUGCUCCACUUCCGGGUGUUUGUUGUUUCCAGGCUCUUCCACACGGUGGCCUACGUCCUCCCCCUGCCCCAGCCCAGCAGAGGUCUAGCUUGGAUGGUCGGCAUGGGCGCUACCUUCUCCAUGGCAUACAGGGUGCUGAGCACAACCCAUCUCUGAAGAGGCGAUCAAUCAAUUAAUCAGAUUGUGAUUGAUUAAAAGUUUUUUCAGAUGUCCUAAAAUAGUCCUCGGGACACUCUACCUCUGAGGAGACACCCACACAUGUAUCAGACCUGGGGCAAAUAGGCUAGAUAAUGUUAAAUACGUUUGACAGUGCUUGAUUGAACUUGGAGUUUGCACUUUUGGGACUAUUCUAUUGGUUCUGUUGUAUCAGGUAGACUAACUUGACAUUCCCUGCACGUGUUGUUUUUUAACUCAGCACUGAAUUUGAUCUGUGCAAAACAUUUAUAAUAUCAGCAGAWAUAAGGCUCGAUUCAAUCUAUUUCACGGAACUUCAGUGCUAGAUAGAGCGCAAUUAGACACUGAAUGGCAAUGUUCCCUCGGAGACUCCAUUCAAGGUAAACGCUGCAUAUAUCGGUUCAUUCGGAAACUACAUUUAACAUUUCAAGUGCGCUAGAGCGCUGGACCUUAGGCGAUACGGAUUGAAUGGAGCCCUAAACUCAAAUCACCUGUAGUUCGGUAUCCGAUACCGCAUGUACCUGCCUGUUUUACCCACAUCAAAUCACCUGUA